AUGUGGUUCAGUUAUAAUAUUUUCGCAGUUACAAUAUUUGGUUUAUUAAUUAGGAGAGGUUGUGCAUCCGAGUCUUAUAACACAGGAGGUAAAAUAUAUAUAUGCACAUUUAUAAAUAUACGUUGGAAUAUAUAUUUCAUGCAACAAAGGACAAUGAUGAAGAAGCUAUCUCAACCCCUAUACAUGAGAAAGAAAUUUAUACUCCCACACAAUCCAGAUAUAGAAGAAUAUAGAACCCCUUUAAAAGAUACCCAAUGUUCUUAUGUAGAUGCAAAUUCAAUAAAAGGAUUUAUAAACAUUAAUUUAGAUAGCAUUUUUGAUAUUGACUUAAAGGAAUAUUAUUUACAUGAUGAGGAUAAUUUGGAAAAUAAGGAAAAAUCUGAAGAUUUAGUAUGUAUAGAGACAUAUGUAAAAAAGACUAAUGAAAUAUAUUACAAUAUGUCAGAUACAAAAGAUGAGGCAUAUUUAUACAUAUGUAAAAUGUGUAAGCAUAUAUAUAAGGAUAUAGAAGAAUGUAGAGAAAAAAAAAUGCAGUUGAUGAUAAGAAAUAUGAGAAUAACUGUGCCCCAGAUACGAUUAAAAUAUGAAAAAGAUAGUAGAAAUAAUCAAGAAAUAAUUAUUAACACUCCAGUGACAUAUGUACUGUCAAAUUUAGUGUCUAGCUUAAUAAAAACAGUGACAUAUAAUACAGAUGACCUUAAUAAUUCCUGUAAAGUUUUAAUAAACAUGUUACAUUUAGAUUUAUUGAAGAUAAUAAACAGUUUACAAUAUUAUCAUGGUAUCUUUAAUGGUUUAACUGAAAAACAUUUAAUUGAAUUCCGAAAAAUAUUUCUGAAAAAAGAAAAAAUAAAUAAAGAGGAAGAUAAUGAUAAUGAUAAUAUAUGGGAAGAAUGUUUUGUAUUAAAAAAAUCUAUUGAUAAGGUUAAGAAUAUAAAUUCAUAUUUGCUAAAGAAAUCAAGAAAUAGAUAUAUGGAUUAUGUACAUAAUAGAAGAAAACGAUAUCGUGAUAAUUUAUUUGUAAUUACAUAUAAUGUAUCAGAUAAGAAUUUAAAUACAUAUAUUAAAAGUAUUUAUAAUUAUAUUUAUAAUUCAAUAAAAAUAAUUGAAUAUAUUCAAUAUAUAUAUAAUCAAGAAGUAUAUGGUAUAUUUUUUGUAAGAACACAAUUAAUAGAAACAUAUUUUUUAAGAAACCCUAAACAAUUAAAAAAUACAUGUUCUAUAUAUAUGAUGAUAACGAUAUCAUGGUUUUUUAAUCAAAUUAAUAUUGGUAUGUAUAAUAAAAAUAAAAAAAUAUAUGAUCUGUUUAAAGAAAAGUUUACAAAAAAUAAUAUAAAACAAAUUAUAUAUUCUAUAUAUACAAAUGAUGUGGAAAAUAAAACUAAUAUUUUACAACUAUGUAAUGAUAGUAUGACAAAUACAGUAGAAUUAAUAAAAAAUGUUAUAAAAAAUUAUUACAAACAAAAUAAUGUCUUAUCAAAUUAUAAUAUUAACUAUGCUGGAUUAAUUAAAUUUAUGGAUAUAUAUAUAUUACGACAUAAAUUUAUUCAAUCCACUCUUGAACAACAACCUUUAUCAGAUUAUGAUACAUUAGAUGAAGAAGAUUUAAAUAAUGAUUCUAUAAUCAAAAGAGAAAAUAUUGUUUGUAUGAUGAAAUAUAUUUCAAAUAAAAUUCAUACAUAUAUAUCCUUAUUAAAAAAAUCACAUUUACAAACUAUUAUGCUACAAAAUUAUGAUAAUUAUAAUAUAUAUCUAAAUACAUAUAUUACAGAUAAUGAACAUAUUUUUUUCUGUACAUCCCCUGGUCAAUAUUUAAUCAGCAAAAUAUUUUUUUAUAGCUUUUUCAAUAUCAUAAACAUAUAUGGUUAA